CCUGUAUCCGACUGUCGAAUCGGACGGGCUCUGAUUUAUCGACGUUUUCUCGGUUAAUGGCGCCCUGUCGGCCGUCUACGUCCGUCUGGUCUGCUAUUCUGUUAUUACGGAAGGCACGAAAAAUGGCUUGCUCCGCCGUAAGAUCGCCCGUCCUUCGCAAUUCCACGGUAAGGCAUUACGCAGCUGCCGCAGCAGCUCAGUGCAGCUCUAGCGCAGCAGUCCCUGAGCUCCAGGUGCUGUCAAAUAACAAGGUCACUGUUGCUGCAAUCGAUAAUAAUAGUCCCAUCGCUCAAGUAUCCAUUAUCUUCAGAACUGGCUCGCGCAAUGAAACUUAUAGCACACAAGGUUUAACUCAUCAUCUUCGUAUCGCUGCUGGUCUAAGUACUUGUAGAUCGACCACUUUUGGGAUAAUCAAGAAUAUCCAACAACUCGGUGGGAACUUAUUUGCCACUACCGAUCGUGAACAUGUUGCUUACACACUACAAAUUACAAGAGAUAAAUUAGACAAAACUUUGAAUUUCCUGGAGGAUGUUGCCACACAGCAAGUGUUCAAACCAUGGGAAAUACCCGACCAGCUGCCCAGGCUGCGCUACGAACUAUCUAUGGUACCUCAAACAACUCGCGUGAUGGAAUUGUUACACAAAGCAGCCUAUCGCACUGGACUGGGCUACUCUCUGUACUCGCCAAAGAGGCAACUUGGAAAAAUCAGUACAGAAACUCUACAACAUUUCGUUAACACCUGGUUCACCGGCUCCAAUUGCGCGGUCGUUGCGACAGGCGUGUCGUUAUCUGAUGUGUCUCAGUUUGCUUCGAAUCUGAACGUGGGUUCGGGUGAUAAAGCCGCGGAAGCCUCCAAGUAUCACGGAGGGGAACUUCGCAAGGAACGAUCCUCCGAUCUGUCCACUGUGGCUAUAGCUGUUGAAGCUGCGGGUUUGAACAAGGAGAAGGAUGCUAUUACCUACGCAGUCCUGCAGAGAGCGGUCGGUUCUGGUCCACGUGUAAAGUGGGGCUCAACCGUGUCUCCGUUGCAAAGGGAGUUAUCCAGCGCGGUGAAGGCUGAUGACUUUGCCGCCUUGGCAUUCAAUGCCUCUUACAGCGAUUCUGGAUUAUUCGGGGUCGUCUUGUCCUCUGUACCCAGUGUCGCCGGUUCUAUAACUAAAGCUGCUGCCGCAUAUCUGAGAUCACCGAAGAUUUCCGAUGCUGAUGUCGCUCGUGGCAAGGCCACGUUGAAAGCGGAGAUACUGUACGCUGCGGAUAAUGAGCCUGCGCUCCUGGAGAACCUGGGGCAACAAGCGAUUCUCAAAGGACGCGUGUACAAACCGUCUACUCUCGUUGCGGAAGUAGACAAAGUGACUGCAUCCGAGGUCAAAUCGGUUGCCGGAAAAUUUGGUAGCGGAAAGUUGUCGCUGGCCGCGAUCGGAGAUCUAUCUACCGUUCCUUACCUCGAUGAAUUAAAGUAGAUAUAAUGUUGAAAAUCUGGACAGCACCUGUAAAUUCCCGAUUUCUAAAUCUUCUGUUCAGUUUUAGAGAAUGUAGAAUCCACUUGCGAUAUUAAUAAAAAUAUAAUGUCGCUGUAAUUUGCAUAAUUUGAUAUCUGCCUUUGAUAUGACAGAUAAAAUAAGAUGCUAUAAAAAGUGGAGUAUUGAAAUUUUGUCUC